UCGAUUAUGAGUUCCGCUGCCAUUGUCACACCCAGUGCAUUGUGCGGCUCUGGUAUGAUUGCUGCGUUGUUGCCCGGCCCCUCUCAAAAGUCGUAAUAACCCCAGGUGGCACCGCGAGCGGAGCUGAUUUCUUCUACUCGGAGUGUAGAUUUACCAUACAAACCUUCGUUUUCGCUGCUUCCUUUAGGCGAACUUUCGAAUAUUACGCCGAUCUGCCACCUGAGUCAGGUUACACCAGGCCUUGGCGCCGGCUCCCUUGAUUUCUUCUCAUCUCGGACAGGCGAGUAGUUUGGCGGUGGAAGAGCAGCAGAUACAAGGAAACAAAUCUGUUGUGGACACAAGGGUUAAACUGAAAGGAAACAAAAGAUGCGGCCACAAACAAUUCUAAAUUUAGGUAUCAGCACUGUGGCCCUUAAAAGCGGCCUUCUUCCUAGAUCGCUUCGCCCGACACACUUUUCCUCUCUACAUCCACAAUACCAUCUAUGCAUUCCAACAAUACUUCUGCAAGCAAACCCCCCCGCACCAGCCCCGAGAGGUUUGGUCAUCCCACCGUUGCCAUCGACGAUAUGCAACCAAAUCGGCCACAUAGAUCAACCACCUGGGUCGGGCAUGUCGACAAGUGGGAGCGGAAGGCACAGUCAAAACAGCAGGUCGGCGGAGAACCGAUAUUUCAGCUUCCUUAUCCGCGUCAGUUUAUCGUUGAUGGAACGUUGCGCCAGUCGUCAUUUUCCAGUCACUCUGAAUCUUUGAAUCUGUUCUGGGACCUGGCAUUCGUCGGCGCGAUACAGCAGACAUCGCACGUUCUGUUCGAGGAGGCAGACGAUUUUGACGAGCCUGAUCCAGAAAACAAAUAUGCCCUUCGGAUCACUGGUUCGUCGCUCGGCUAUUUUGUUAUCAUCUACUUCGUGAUGUGGAAGACAUGGAUCCUUAUUGAGCGCUGGUCGCAAGUGUUCGGUGCCAACGACAUACUCCACCGACUCAUCAUCGUUUGGGAGAUGGUACUGGUCGUAGGCAUGGGGUCCGAGCUGCAUGUUCUCUACUACUUUGACGACAAUGUCUUUGUAGGCUGCUUCUGCUUGGCACGCCUUACCAUUGUGCUGCUCUACGCGGCAUCGAUGUUUUACCUGCCGAUGUUCCGCGGCGACCUGCUCCUGACUAUCGUGUUCCAGACCAUCCCGAUCAUCAUCUGGUUUGCCAGUGUCUGGGCACCCCUUGAAUUUCAGUGGUACUUUUAUCUUGCCUCAUCGCUUUUCGAGCUGGCUUUCAGUAUCGGGGUCCCGUUAAUCAUUCCCAUCGCAAAACGCCUCCAUAUCGAAUGGCGUUACCACCUGGCCAUGGAUGUCAACCGCACAGCCAAGCGUUUCGGCGAGUUCAUAAUGCUCACCCUCGGCGAAUAUGUACUCAAUAGCUUUAUCCGUGGUGAUGGAGGACUAGACAGCCGUCUGGGUCGCGCCGCGCUGGGAAUGAUCAUCGUCUCUUGCCUGCAUUGGACGUACUUCCAUAGCGAAGGGUCGCGUCUGAGUCAGCAUGCACUGGUGCGGUCGCAGUUCACCAGCUCGGUGUGGUCACUGCUUCAUCCUUUCCUCGGUGGGUUGCUUGUGACCGGGUGCUCCUCACUGUCGCGCCUUGUCAAAGAGGAUGAGGAAGGCGAAGACCCAACUUCUGUCGCGUGGGCGUUCUGCGGAGGCAUUGGCGGCGCAUACAUUACCUUGGCGCUUCUGGGGUUCACUCACCGCAGCCUUGAUGAGAUCCACUACACAUAUGUCUCCAAGCCACUACGACUUGUAGUGCGUGCUCUCGCUGGCGCGGGGAUUGUAUUGCUGGGGCUUGCACACAAGCAUUUGGCAAAGCGCAUAUACCUCCCACUGAUUGUGGCUAUUGUAACGUUCUUGCUGAUGCUGUUCGAGAUGUGCGGCCGCCUCAAGCGCCAUGUGGACGAUGUGGAGGAUAGCUGCGACCCAGUCCUAGAGGAGACUGAGAAUAUCACCCGGUCACAUACACACAAAUCAAGGGUCUAUGAUGCUGCCGACAACGAUAGCGAUAACGAGAAAAACGUCAGAUCGCAUCCCGCAGAUCCCACAGCAGACAAGCUCUCGGCCGGCGGAGACACCAGCACUGACAUUAGCCUUCACCCUGGAUCACUGCGGCAGAGGCCAACGUUACAGCUAUCCCCUGGCGAUGGUGUGCAGGUUGAAAUUGCCGAAGAAACCCCUACACCCACACCGGCUGCUACCGGCUCGACUACCGCACUACGGCCAGGUGUAGCUACACCAGCUGCUGCGCGCUGGCAGAGGGCAAUGUUGGUGACCCAAAUCGGUAUCCGUGCCAGUCGCCGGUAUGACCGCGAAUAUAAAGUAUCGGAUGUCCCUGGUGCUGCCUCGUACCUUUAAUGCUACUCUUUCCUUCUCACAUAUUUUGAUGCAUAUUUUUAACGAUAAACCCGCCAGCUAUCACAUCCAUUGCAAUAUACCUACGGUCUGUAUAUAAUGCAGAGUAGACCAUGCCGAUUUACUUUUGUAGACCCAAGCAUGUG